CUCACUACCAGCGCCAGGCUGCCUUGUAACUAAGUGACAAAUAUCAUAAAUCUGGAGUAUAUAAGAUCAUUGGGGUCAAGAUGCUGAGCAGUUCGAAGAAAAAAGACAAAGAUAUCAGCUCAAGCUGCACUUCACUUGCUGGCAGAUACCAGAAGAGAGACUCUCUCCCACCUGUCUCUAUCAAAAAUGUCUGGACAAGUGACGAAGAUGAAUUGCAUGCAUCACAGAAAAAUGUAUCAAACAACCCAAUCACACAUUCUCCUCGUCCUCAAAGUUUUGGCCCUCUUCAAGACUACCAAUACAUGGCUCAUACUCCGAAUUAUCAACACCAAUCAAUGCUCUCCAGUAACAAACAAAUGCCUUUGAGCCCAAGCUAUCAGCAGUCCAAUUUAUCACCCUCUUAUAAAUCAAAUUAUCUUGUGCUAAAAAAUCCUGCUGGAAGAUAUUCACAUACUAAUGACUUUAGGCCAACACAAGGACUGGAAAAUGUGUCGUACAAUGAAAGUUAUCAUAAUUCACAUGGGAUGAUGACAGCUCUGUCUUCGCCUAGGCAGAUGAGUUCAGUCAGAAGGUCUGAUCGAUUGCUAGACAGAACUUUUAAUGAUCCAGGAGGUAGCCAUGAUCAAAUUAACUUUCAGUACUAUUUCAAUAAACCCAACUUGCCACCAGACCAGAUGUUUACCGGACGCAAAUCGGACUCUUUUAAUUCAUUCUACUCGCCGUCCUCACAUUACCGUCUACAGCGUGCAAGUGAUGAAACGACUUCUAGAUCUUCACUUGCUCUCGCCGCGUUGAAUGCUAGUGCAGAUCGUGUCGAUUCUCCACGUAACCGCAAAGGAUCGGUUCCCAUAUCUCCGUUGCCACCCAUGAAGCAGUUCUAUUCGCCGUGUCGGCAACCGUCUACUUUGUUCAGUUCUUCCACUCCUCGGUUUGCUUUAGCCCCAAAAUCUUCCCCUAACCUGCUUAAUUCGUCUCUACCAAUUCUCGUUGAUCACAGUAAUCAUAAUGCGGAUGCGUCGGGUGUCAAUAAAUAUUUGUCUUCCAAUUCAAAUGCAUCGUAUUGCGAUGGCUUCACGUCCAAUAAGGUCUCUUGUUCGCAACUGAGUCUUCCAAUUUCACUUCCUAGCGAACCAUCUCAUGAAAAAGAAAACCUCCCUCCAGGAUGGUCAAUUGACUUUACUCAAAAGGGACGGAAAUACUACGUUGACCACAACACUAAAACGACGCACUGGUCUCAUCCAUUCGAAAAAGAAGGACUUCCAGCGGGCUGGGAGAAAAUCGAAUCUUACGAACAUGGAGUUUACUAUGUAAACCACUUCACUCGACAGGCACAAUACGAAAAUCCAUGUGCGCAACAGUACAUGCCCAAAUUCUUAGACAAACUUAAUGCUAAUGAUAACCGAAACUGCCCUCUGCCUAUACCUUUUCACACCGAGUUCCGACAGUCCCUGUCGCUGAUGCCAGCCUCUCCGUACCUACAUGCAGAAAUUCCUUACUGGCUACGAGUGUAUUCUCUAGCUGACCCUAAGCUGGAUCACAAGCUCCAAUGGCACAUGUUCCGUCUUCCAGAACUAGACUGUUACCAAGCAAUGCUCAACAGACUUUUCAAGCAGGAGUUGCACAAUGUCGUCAUGAGCUAUGAGAUGUACAGAAUCGCUCUCAUGCGUGAAUUAGAGAACAGAAGCAUGGGUGAUCACGACCGACCGUGCGGCUAUCACAAGCCAGGCGUUACGCGUGUUGGUGGUUUGACACUGACAGAAAUUCAUAACGACGAGGGCCUCCAUAGUGCAUUUGACGUGUCUAACUUCAGUGUACCAAACGCCGUUCAGCAGUCGAGAACUGAAGCUGUGGGCGGGAGUCGGAGCGUCUUGGAACUGGACAAACUGCACGAGUCCAACGUAUAGUUAGUCAUUGCAUUCUAUUUUCGAGAAAAUUUACGGUGUUGAAGAAGCUCGUUUGAAUGGAAUUUUACUUAUUUGUAACCGAACAGUCGUUAUUUUACGUUAAUUCAUGCUAUUCGUGAGCAUGCGUAAGAUAUUUGAUACAAGAUUCUCGCUUUUCGUGAAGGUCUUCUGGUGUCGUUACCGUUAGUAGUCUCAUGUGGUUCCACGUGCUCUGGACUGUGCCUAUGCGCCCCGCCGCUUAGCUCGUGGUAUCUCUGACAGCGAGUCUUUUUAGCGCAUUUUCUCAUUUAUGGAAAAAAUACACUA